AUGGAGCGGCGCAAGCACGGUUCCGUCUACAAUCAUUCGGAACCUUACGGCUCUCUCACAUAUAAGGAGCGCAUUCCCACUAACAUCACAACCCUAACUACCACCAAUGCCGAUGCAAAAGACGGUAUUAUCAACGGCCUUCUAUACGUACCCGACCUUGACAACGAUCGUCAGUGCGACCGGCAGCAGUACCAAUUCAUCCCUCGAAAUGUCACCCGCCGAAACAACCUUCCACCACAAAAUUACAACCUUAUUGCCCUCGCUCCCUGGUUCAGCAUCGACUGUACCUUAGCUUACCUCGCUUCUGCGCGUGUCGACCCCAUUCGCGCUUUUAUCUUUUAUAAACCUAACAAUUCUUCGAACCAGCCUCAAGAUGCCGACUCACCUGUUUGGAAUCUUGAGGACGGAGGGCAAUGGAUGACCCUCAACAAGUAUCCUAUCUAUGCCAUUUCGGGCCAAGAAGGUCAGAAUAUGAUGAACCAACUGAGUCUUUAUUCUGGCAGUGUGGAUAAUGUUCCUUACGGCGACAACAUCAGCACAAUUUACGGCCCAAACCCGAGAGAUUAUGUCCGUAUCUGGACCGAACUAUCCGUGGAGGAUGAAUCCGACAUCCCCCCACUAUGGGCAUUCUUUCUCAUCGUUAUUGGUGCUCUAUUAGCUAUUUUCGCUUUCGUAUCGAUAACCAUGCACCUGGUACAAAGACGACGCCGAAUAUCGCUUCGAAAACGAGUCGAGUCCGGCGAAGUUGAUCUAGAAGCCAUGGGUAUCAAACAAUUGACAGUACCCACUUCCCAUAUCAAUAGUUUCCCGCUAUUCACUUAUAACGCCGAUCCCGAAUCGAUAGCACCGCCCCCGACGCCUUCGUCCACACGCCGCCAUCGAAGCACUCGAGGAUUCGACCAACAAAGCGUUCGAUCUGGCGUGAGUGUCAGAAGCAAGCGAUCCGGUAUCGGAACAACUGGCGAUAAUGCUGCCACCAACUUCCAACCCAGUUGUCAUAUUUGCCUUACCAAUUUCGAGCACCGAGUAACGAUCAUUCGAGAGCUAUCAUGCGGUCAUAUUUUCCAUCCGGAGUGUAUUGACGAGUUCCUGUUGAAGAAUAGUUCUCUCUGCCCAAUGUGCAAACAUUCUAUGUUGCCUAGGGGCUACAGUCCUAGAAUCACCAAUGGCAUGGUCCGUCGAGAGCGCGCUCUUAGUAAACUACGCCAAAGAGUUGAUCUUGAAGACCUUUCUGAGGAAGCCGACAACACCAAGAUGAAGGAUUGGGGCAAGCGAAUCUUCAGAACCUCGACAUCGCCCUCAAGACCUUCCUCUGCGCCUUUGGUUUCCUUGAAACUUCCCACGUUUAUGCGACGACCUGCCGAGCCUGCUACAACGGGACAGCAGGAAGGAGUAGAGACAGCACCGACGCCCUCCACCACCCCCGCAGCACAGCCUGGAGAACCAGAUACAAACACCCAACCGCCUGCACCAGCCAAGACCCAACGAACAAGACGACCCAAACCCAAGCGUUUGAAUAUGCUCCCGACCCAGCCAGAGAAUGCAGAAUUGAGUACAGAGCCAACGCCGCGACGUGGAAGUCCUUCUUCGUUUGCACGACAGCGUAUGCGCGAAAUUGCAGCCAAGAAUGCACCCUUUGACGACCCCGACUCUCAAAGGGCAGUGUGGCUGCGAGCACUCUCAAAAGUUUUCCCUGGCUAUUUUUAA